UCAGCAUUGUGUAGACAAAAAGUUUCUCUCCAUACCUCCACCUCAGCAGGGUUAACAAGAGCGUUUUUGCUGUGUUAUUUACUUUAUUUCAAACAAGUUUGUCUCUGCAGUGGAUAUAAACGAGCUCGAAAACAGCAUUGUUAGUUUUGAAGAUAACCUGCUGACCGCCGAGUUCACUACUACCGUGGAGGAGUUUUUUGUCGUACCGUCGGGCAGCCGGAGGGGUUUAAAGUUCAGCUAACAGUAGCGUCGCUAGCAAGUAGUUAGCGCCAUAACUUUUACCAAUUAGCUUAGUCACAAUGGCAGCUGUGUGUCAGCCUCGACGUGCCUUGGUGGAGAUACCAGCUCCACAGCCCAAAAUUGCAGCUCGGAUGAGGAGGUCCUAUCUUGAAAUCCUAAGUGGCCGUUUGGCUCCAUCUCCACUUCCAAGAGGGAGAAACACUACUUCAAACACCAGGCGUGUGCAGUCUUUGGACUUGUCCAUUGACGGGAUGUGGAGUGGGAGGAUAGAGGAGCAGUGUGAGAAGAUUGAUGAGCACCACACCCCACUUUCCAAACAGCAACUUGUACAGCUAAUCAGAUCCCUCAUCUUAGUAGAACAGAGCCAAGAGCCAAGGAUCCUGGCCUCCGACCUGAAGUAUCUACAGGACGACUUGCAACUGAAGAAGGCAAAUGUUUACAGGUCCAUACCAUAUUCACGGUUUGGUUCCAACAGGGACGCACACUGCUACAGAAAAGCAUAUCCUCAUAUGGUGGCAUUCAAAGUUUCAUGUCAGGAGUGGGGCCAAGUUCUUCUGAGGAACAAAGAGUGGGACGCUGUGUUGGAGCACACACUGAUGGCAUGGCGCUACACCAGCGAGUUACCACAGUGGGAUACAACAAACCAUAAUGCUGUCCGAGAACAGUGUUACAGCAUUUUGGCAUCUCACAGCCUCACUGCUCUCCAGCACUACUGCCCUGAACCAAACAGAGGACGAGAACUGCUUAGAAGGUUGAAAAUGGCUCAGUUGCACAGCCAGUCAAUUGUGCCCUGUAUUCAGGAAUUGCAGAGGAUUAUGGGAUGUGCUGAUGAAUCCAUGGACACAAAGUAAUAAGGGAAACACUCUCAAACCAUCUGUCUACAGCCUCGCUGAGAAUGGUGCUUUGUGGCUCGUUUAGAUGAGCUUAAGGAUCUGUGUGUGGUCGAGGGCCAAAAAAUAUUUUACAUGGUAGUGUUUGAAAGUGUUUGAAAAACCACUACAGUAUUUUUCCAAAGGGUAAUGUAAAAAUGCAAUAAAACCUCUUAAUCACAUUGCAUUAUUACAUCAACUGGCAAAUGUUUUGUUACAAGGAGUGUAACAUAUUUGUUUGUUGUAUUCCUGACUGGUUAAUGUAACACUGUGCAGUAACAGUCUGUUACAAACACAUGUUUUUUAGAGCUUCAUUCACAUCCAGAGAAAUGGUGGGUUAUGUUGGUGGUGUUAGCAAAAUAAUAAAUUUGUAUAUUUUUUAGAACUUUGUAUAGCGGAACCUUUGCAUUGACCAUUGAAAUGUUAAGUGUGAAAUGGCCUUUCUUGUUUUUUAUAUAUAUAUAUAUAUAUAUAAUGUCUGUGUGUGUAUGUAUUUUUCACAAUACUUGAAACUGGCCUUUGCUGUCUCUGACUAUUAUGUUGUAUGUGUGUCUUGUUUAUAGAUUAUUGUCUGUGUCACUGAUUGCACUGUUUGUCCUGAAAACUUGAAAUAUUUUGAUGAAAUAGACAUUUAAUUUAAAUAAAGUUACUUUGUACUGCA